UUGAUUUUUCUCUCUGCAAUGGUUACUUUUAUCGUACACAAAUGUUGGGUGCUUUUAUUUACAAAAAGGAGUACUGUCUAACAUUAUUCAUUUCACAGCUGUUGUCAACCAAACCUUUCCUAUCUAUAUAAAGGUUGGCUUGGCCUCCUACAUAUUAGCCAAAGCAAGAAAACCAACAAAACCUAUAAACAGCUACUUGUCUUUGUGUGUUGAUUAAUUGUAGUUAACAUGGCACGUCAGGCAGAUCGUCUUGUUAAGAUUGGACAGGAGGGUUUUGCAGCCAUUGAUGGGCACUUCGGCCGGGCCAAGAGGCGGCCACCAGUUAUGAAGGUUCCCUAUGCUCAUCCCACAUAUUACUAUGUUCCUGCAACAGAAGUUAUCGACAGCAACGAGGCAGCUCAACGCUACAAGGGGAGGGUUUAUGUCGAUUAUCCUAAGGGGAAACCAGUUCCGUUUUAAAGACCUAGCGAUUAAUCACUUAGCUUUCUUGUAUGCAUAACCUCCACCAGUUGUGUUACCUUUAGUCCUGUACGAUAUUCUCCCUCUGCUAAACGUAGACGAGGAGAGGUUGCUAGAAUUCGAGUCAGGAGCUUCUUCUUACUUCAUCAAAUAAAAUUUCUGUGAUUUAUAUAUCAUAAUUUUCUAUUUGGCCGGUCAA